AUGUUCUCUCCCGCCGCCGCCGCCGAGGGUGGCCCGGCCACGGCGACUCGAUCACGCCGUCGCCAGCGGCCCAAGAGCUCCGAGAGCCUGGUCCCGCCGCCCAAGGCCAAGCGCCAGCGCCUGCCGCUCACCGAGCAGACAUUUGCGCAGCCCGAGGCCCAGGCCGAACCGGUCGAGUCCAAGCCCGAACCCAAACCUGAGGCCCGGCCGGCGGCCGUCGAAGCCAAGGGCCGCGACACACCAACGGAAAUUUUCCACCCCGUGAUGCGGCGAGAAUCCACCGUGAGGACCAAGAAGUCCAAACACGGAGAUCGGGCCGCCAACAAGGGCGACGGAAGCCUUGUUCUGACAAGCAACAAUGCUUUCACCGUCUCAAAACUGCCUGCUUUGCCAGACAGGAUCCGACAGGACUCGUCGGGAAACAUAAGCGCACAGAUCUUUUCGUCUUCGGGAUAUGCUCUGGCACUGACCCCAGCACAUGCCAUGGUCUGGCCCUACAACUCGACAUCGCAGUCUCCCGAGACCUUUACCUUUACCCUGCCAUCCGCCUCGAAACCUUCCGAUCCGUUGCCCGUGGGAUGUCUCGUCUCCCCCUCCGCGUCGUCGACAGAGCCUGGGCUCGUUGUCGUCAUGUCCGGCAGUGGAAAAGUGGUUUUCUGGGAAUCGAUCUCCAGCGCGGCGACCUUCGCGUUCAUCAAGAAGGACCGUUCCGGAGUCGAGUACCUGAUCUCAGGCAUGUCGUCUGGCGAAAAAGUCGUCGGCAUUACAAAUGCGGAGUCGGCCGGCUUCAUUCUCACGUUCAACUCCGGAAGAUUGGCGUACAUGACGGUCAGGGACAGCCACGGACGGCCCGCGAUUUCGGUCCAGUUUCUCCGAGCUGGCCUGACGGCCUCCAGCAGCGGCUUUCUUGGGAGCAUUCGCCAUGCUUUCUCGCACCUCUCCCUCCGAGGCGACAUUGCGGCCGUUCGCGCUGAUCGCUCUGCUCGUGUUGGCGAGCGCAACAUUGUUGCCCUCACCAGCAAGGGCAAGCUGCAGUCCUGGAGGGUCCAUCGCGGGGGCCACAACGAAUCUCUGGGAGAGGCGGAUAUUCGGGACCGCCUUGCCUCAGCCCUCAGAGAAGCCGAUCCCCAAAUCGAAGACUACCCGGUGGAGUCUCUGGAGACGCUGGACUUCAGCUUUGUUCCGAAGGGUCUUGAACCGAAAUACCUGGAAUUGAGCAGGCUCAGCGACGCAAUGGCGACCGACAACCCUACAGUACAACAUCUUUUACUACUCGUCAGCAUGACAAGAUCGAACAAAUCCCGCUAUGCCUUGGUCGAGAUCAUCUUGACUUCAUCAGACUGCCAAAUCGGCAUGAUCCGGCCCAUCACCUCAUACUCGACGCCUUUCGACUCUUCCGACCCGACACAAUCUCAACGACCCCGUGUGUAUCUGCCUCGGCCAGCACUGGUGGCAUUUGUUGUGUUUGACCGUGCUGCCAUCAUUGCCUCCGUGGCUCUGGCCCCUGAGUCUCCUGAAUCGCAGUUGCAAUCAGACAGCCACAUCUUGCCCCCUUCGUUCGAGGACGUCGUCGACUUCAGAGAGGACAACGUUCACGAAAUCGUCGGCUCGGGCUUCGAGGAGACAUCAACGCUCAACGGACACGACGAAAGCCGGUCAAGUCGACUGAAAACCAAGAAUCCAGCGGUCGUCCUCUUGGUGCGCGGUGCUGGUGUGGUGCGGAUCGUCACGACAGAUGUCGACAAGUUUGCCAGCGACCAACCGCCUCAAGUCUCCGCCAAGAGCAAACUAGAACAAGCCGUCUUCUUUGGCCUUAAGAAGGACAACCCGCUCAUCUUCGACGGGCGGCAAGAUCUCAAGUUCUCCCCAGAGGACCUCUCUGAUGCUGCGCUGGCGGUGAGCCACGAGAUCCUCAGCUCGUCUACGUCGUACAUCUCGACAUUGCCCGCCUCGAUAGAAGACAACCUGUUCGCGCGAUCCGAGGCCCUGCAAAGGCUCAUGACACAUUUGCGAGCAGUCGGUACUGAGCUCGAUCGCAAGACGCGCUGGCAACUCCUGUUCAACGCAGAGAAGAUGCAUGUCGCCGCCCAGCUCUGGAAACUGCACGAAGCCUUCACCGCCAACAGGCCCGCCGAGGAUAAGAAGAGCUUGGUCUCCUUGGUAGUCGAUUUCAUUCACGAGGACCAAAAGCAUAACCCUGCCCCUAAGAAGGGCGAGGUCGAUGCUGUGCGUCACUGGUUCGUCAACGACAUUUACCGAAUCGAGCUCUUUGUCGCUUGGUCGUACGAAGUCAUCAAGGUCCUAUACCGAGACAAAUGCUUGGACGACGUGAAGAUCACGACGCUCAUGUACGAGGCCAUGCAAAUCAACAUCUGCACUCAUCUUGGAGCGCACGAAUUCCGACGCAGUAACCUGGCCUUUUACGGCCUGGAAAACGAGCAAUUGCGGAUGGGAAUCCUGCGGGACGGCUACGAGGGCCUCCCAGAACCCUGGACAGGCUGCAUGUACAUUGCGAACAACCUGAAGCGCCUGACAGACCUUUGCGACCAAUGGUUCAGAAAGCACGAGCAGCGGCGGUUUGAACAGAAGGCACCGAAUCAGCUGGAUCCCCAACUCAUCAUCAAACUUUACGAUGACCUGCCUGCUCUGACCGACGCUAUGCUCACUGCUGUCCUGGAGCAUGCGCGAUGGGGCCUUGCCAACUCGGACAACAAAUCAGUGGCCCAAGAAUACGUCAAGACAUACGACUCUGAACGGCAUAACAAGCCUGUCUUCCUGGCCCGGUACGGGAAAUGGGAGCAAGGGGCAAAGAUUGCCGAGAAACACGGUUGUCUGAGUGCCCUCGCAGUUAUUCUGCUCGAGCACAUCGAAACGCUGGAGGCUCAGUUGGCGGCGGAAGAUAUUUCGGGCGCCGAAAUCAAGAGUCUGAAUGCGCUGCGCCAGGCCAAGAAGACUCAGCUGGAGGACUCGUUCAGCAAAUACGGCGAACCGUUCGCAUUUCCCGUCUACGAGUACCUCAUCGACAAGCACGGUGUCUCGUCCGUUUUGGAUUUCGGACUGGACACCCUUGGUUUCAAGACUCGCUUCCUGCGGAGUAGGCCGCACUUGGCUCGGGUAUCUUGGAUCAACGAUAUCCAGCAAGAGCAAGAUGUGGAGCACGCGUCCGAGACUCUUAUCGAUCUGGCCCUCAACAUGGAGAGCCAAGUCUGGAAGAAGAAGGUCGAGCUCAGCCUCGGCAAGCUGGCGCUGCUGGCAGAGAACGAACGGAAGCCGCAAGCAAGACCCUCGUUCACAGUCAAGGGCGAUGAGGCUCGUCGCGAGGAGACACUCCAGCGUGUCGACGACGAGUUGGUUGUCGUUAAGAUCCAAGACCAACUCUACGGCCAGGUGCUUCCGAGCACCAUCGACGCCGUUGACAGCGCCGCCGCUCUUAACUUCGCUCUCGAGCAACACAGCACGAACAUUCCUCGCCGCCAAAAGGCGCUUCUCCAACUGUUCACUGAAGGCAUGGAGAGGCUGCUGGACCACCAGGCGCUCGACCCGAUGUACCUCAUCGACCUGCUGACCCUGAUCUCGCUCCCCGCAGAGUCGAGAGAAGAGAUUCCACAUCCCUUCUGGAUGGCGCUCAAGGUCGCCGACACGGCAUGCCACACCGACGAGGUGAAGGCUGCCAAGAAACUCAUCUGGAGGCGAUUGUUUAUCCGUGAUGAUUGGGCCAAGAUCAACGAUACCACGGGCAAAGAUGACGAGGAAGUCGUGACGCGCAUCGCCGAUACCGAGCUGUUCGCCAUGUUCACGGACUGCAUCCGAUACCAGGAUGCCCGUGAGCCAUUCCGAUGCACGACGCCCGAUGAGGUGCUGGGCGUAUUCACCGACAGUCUGGAUCGCCGGUUUCAGUCAUUCUCUCAAGGCGAGCAGGCGAAGCUGAUUGACGCCAUGCGCUGGGAGGACAAGACCCUGACCCAGUACACGUCCAAGAACCGCCUGGCGGAGUGGGUGCGGACGACAUUCGAGACCGCCCAAGCAGAAGUGGAAAACAUCACCGAGGAGGCAACCCGCGCGGGCAUCUCGGCCGUCGAGGCCCGCGAGCCGUUCCCGCCGUUUGGGCGCCGGUCCAGCACCACGGCCGGCGUCGGCAACAACACUCUCUUUGACUCUGAGGACUAA